AUGGAGGACACGAAGACAUAUGAGUUGUCAGAUCUCGACAAAGUUGGCUUCACCAAGAGUGUGAAAGUCGUCCUGUUCUAUGACCUCCAAGCCACUGCUGACCCAGUGAAUGUGGUUUCCUUAUUGGAGGGAGUGAGGAACGCAACUCGCCACUUGCCCUUUAUGGCGGGGCAUCUCCAAUUUAAUGAAUCCGGAAAGCUCUGCAUCGUGACCUCCGCUGACAGCUCGGUUGAAGUCAACAUACGCCGGUUCACGAGCACGGAGUGCGAGCCUUUCUCGGUCUUGGCUAAGGGCUCAUUCUCUCCCAACGAUCUGGACUUGACUUUGUUUUUGCCUGAUGAACCAACGACUAAGCACCCGGUCUGCUUAAUGCAAGUGAGUCUCAUCGAGGGGGGUCUGGUGGUAGGGCUUCGAGUAAACCAUGCGGUUGGAGACUGGGUGUCCCUCGACACCUUUUUCUCGCUCAUCUGUCAGAGCAGCAAGGCCCACCAGGAAGGGCAGGCCAUGCCCACCUACACCGUGGACCUCAAACGAGACCCUUACAACACCCCCACGCCCGACCCAACCCUCUCGCAACAAGACCGACUCGCCCAACUCCCGCUGUUCCACGUCCUGCAGAAGAGCCAGUUCCAAUUCAAGCCACCACCCCUCACCCGCGCUGGCAUCUACCGCAUCACCGAGCCCACAAUCCAGCAGCUCAAAGCCCAAUGCGCCCCCUAUGUAGACCAGGUUGAAUACAUAACCUCCUACGACUGCAUUUCCGCCCUUAUCUGGACAGCCCUCACCCGGGCCCGCCUGCACAUCCGCCCCGACCAAACCAACGCCCCAUCCCGCUUCGUCCACCCCAUCGACGUCCGGUCCCGCGAUCCGGAGCACAAAACAUCGCCCCGAUACUUCGGCAACGCCGUCAUCGGCUCCCUCGCCGGACCCGUCCCCGCCCACACCCUCAUCGCCAACGGGGACCGUGGCCUCGCGGCGGCAGCCACCCGGAUCCGCCAAUCCAUCCACAACGUUGAUAUAUCCACGAUCGGGAACAUGAUGGCGCUGCAGGCCUUUCUCGCGGAUACUGAGAUGCUCCUUCCGAACGCCGACUUCGCGGACAUGGACCUGUUUAUGAACACCUGGUAUACGGGAAGCGUGACCAAGUACGAUUUGGGAGGAGUGGCAGGGCCCGUGGCGUUCCGGGUGCAGGCGGGGAUGCCGGGGGCGUGCGCGAUGAUUCUUCCAAAUCUCUCUAGGGGUGCUACAAGGGUGUUUGAAGUCUUUGUGCAGGCGCCGGUGCCGGAGUAUGAAUCCCUAAAAAGAGAUGCAGGGUUUUUGAAGUACUUUGAGCAUGUUGUGUGA